CUUCUCCUAUAUACUGUAUUUGAAGCCGCCCAUCAAUUUCCCGAACACUCCGACCACUGACUACAAAGUUGAACUCUGUUCUGUGUACAGUUACGACUAUGAACCACUUCAUGGCAAGAUCAGUGGUGAGGCGUUUGAUCGCCGGAAGUACCCGCCGCCGAGACUUUUCAUCGUCCUUGCCGGCGGGGAUCCGCGCGCUGGCGCCUUUUGGCGCGUCGGCUGGGGCGGAGCCGCGGGGGUCGAGUACGGUGCUGGUCGGGUGGAGGCGGAUGAUGAGCUCGGAGACGGAGCAUUCUUCGACGUCCGCGGUGGUGGAGAAGGAAGACAAAAGCAACAGCGUGGCGGCGGGAAAGGCGGAGAAAGGCGAUGUGGCGGUGUCGAGCUACUGGGGAAUCUCGAGGCCUAAAAUCACCAAAGAGGACGGUACGGAGUGGCCGUGGAAUUGUUUCAUGCCAUGGGAGACUUACCGGGCCGAUGUAUCAAUUGAUCUAAAUAAGCAUCAUGUUCCAAAGACAUUUAUUGACAAAGUGGCAUAUCGUACAGUGAAGCUUCUUAGAAUCCCCACAGAUCUGUUUUUCCAGAGGAGGUAUGGGUGCCGUGCAAUGAUGCUGGAGACAGUGGCUGCUGUCCCUGGCAUGGUGGGUGGCAUGCUGCUGCACCUCAGAUCCCUUCGCAAGUUCCAGCAAAGUGGAGGUUGGAUUAAGGCACUGCUUGAGGAGGCCGAGAAUGAGCGAAUGCACCUAAUGACUAUGGUUGAGCUCGUUCAGCCCAGGUGGCACGAGAGGCUGCUCGUGCUCACUGUUCAGGGAGUAUUCUUCAAUGCAUUUUUCGUGCUCUACCUUUUGUCCCCCAAGCUGGCACACAGAAUCGUCGGCUACUUGGAGGAGGAGGCCAUACACUCCUAUACUGAAUACCUCAAGGACAUUGACAGUGGCGCUAUCGAGAAUGUUCCGGCACCUUCUAUCGCAGUCGACUACUGGAGGCUUCCCAAGGACGCGAAGCUGAAGGAUGUGAUUACUGUUAUACGUGCGGACGAGGCUCACCACCGGGAUGUCAACCAUUUUGCUUCUGAUAUCCAAUUUCAAGGGAAAGAGCUAAGGGAGGCUCCAGCUCCUCUUGGAUAUCAUUAGUGUUCUGUUUGCUUGAGUUCAACAAACCUUCAUGCUUAGUUCUGUAUAUGAUAUGAUCACCUUGUAAUAGUUCAUUGUUUGAAGUUUCUGAUUGAUCUUGUAACACAAUACAUUCAUGCCUUACUAGGUAAUAUGAGGUAUGCGCAAUUAAAGAUGAACUACUAUAUACUGUGCUUGUUCACCAUUUUGUUUCAGAUGAGUAUUCUAUGGUGGUUAUUUGUUGCUCCGGUAUAUUUAUUUAUUCUUUAGUAAUGAGUGUACAGCAACAACAUUUAUGCAGGCUUUGGCUGCAUGUUUCUGUG